AUGCGCGUUCUUGCUCUCGUCUCUGUCGCCACCGCCUUCCGCACGCCCGCCGUGCGAUUCGCCCGGGCACCCCCGGUGCAGGCCGCCCUUGACGUCGAUGGCAUCAAGAACGCCAUCGCGCCGUCGGAGAUCGGCGCCUCCAGCCAGGCCAUCUACUCGUGGGGCGGCCUCGCGCUCGGCGCGUAUCAGCGUCCGCAAAUUCAUUCCGUUUUGCCGGCCAGAACACGAAAAUGUUCCUAAUUUCGGGUCGCUCGCAGGCGCCUGCUCGAUCAUCAAGCCCGAGCUCGUCGCGGAGAAGGUCCUCGGCGUCGCCUCGAGCGGCUCCAACGCGGUCAUGAUCCGCGGCGCCGGCCUCGCGGCCGCGCUCCUCGGCGCGCGCCUCGGCCGCGACUCCGACUCCCAGGCCGCCUCGUCGGCCGCGCUCUGGCUCGGCGGCUGGGCCUACAUGCUCCGCAACGCGGCGGGCGUCGCGGGCCGCACGCAGACGAUCUGCGCGCUCCUCGCGCUCUCGGCCGUGCGCCGCUCGGGAGGCCUCUACAACUUCGUCACGACGCUCGACACCAACGGCCUCAACGCCGUCCUCCCCAAGAACCGCGACCUCACGAUGCAGAACGUCGUUGGCGUCCAGAUGCUCGGCUGGGGCCUCGGCCUCCUCUUCGCGCCGGAGUGGCUCACCUCGAACAUCAUGGGGGGCAAGGUCGGCCCCGGUGUGGAAAUCAACCAGUGCGUCGGGUGCACCCGAUGAUUCUUCACUAACUCAUUGCUCGGCGAUGACGCGGCCGUGCUGGCUCUGUCGAGCGGUCAGGAACUGGCACACCGCCACGCCAUCGAGGCAUCGCGUCGAUGGAGUGGAGGUUGACGCGACGAUUCAGCACGAACGCGCCGUAAAAUUUGAUUUCCACACAGGUCGGCCCCACGAUCCUCUUGCAGGGCCUCGCGAUCAACAACUUGGUCUUGGGCGGGAAAGUCAUGGCUGGCUCGGAGUCCGACGCGCGCAACAACGGCCUCCUCUUCUUCGGCGGCUGGGCCGCCAUCUCGGUCGUCGCGCGCAACGCCGGCCUCAUGUCGGGCCAGUACGCCGUGCCGUGCCUCGCCUGGAACGCCGCGUGCGCCGCCUACUCGGUGCUCGCCUAAUUGGACGCGACGACGCGCGGUCUGAGCCGCACCCAAGCUCGCCGGCACGGAUCGCCCCCUUCCCCACACCUGGACUGGUCGACAUCAUCCUCCCCCCGUAUAAAGUAUAUGGUCCGGUGC